AUGGGGCCCCGGAACACGUGCCCCCCCCUGGGCUACGUGGGUGUCCAGUGUGCCAGUGCUAGGCCUGGUGACAGCAGCGACCCUGGAGACCCCCUAGCAGCUACUACACCAGUUCUCUACCACCCCGUCCCCUACUACCCCCUUCCCUACUACCCCUUCCCCUACUACCCCGUCCCCUACUACCCUGUCCCCUACUACCCCGUACCCUACUACCCCGUCCCCUACUACCCCGUCCCCUACUACCCCAUUCCCUACUACCCCGUCCCCUACUACCCCUUCCCCUACUACCCCGUCCCCUACUACCCCUUCCCCUACUACCCCGUUCCCUACUACCCCGUCCCCUACUACCCCUUCCCCUACUACCCCUUCCCCUACUACCCCAUCCCCUACUACCCCUUCCCCUACUACCCCGUCCCCUACUACCCCUUCCCCUACUACCCCGUUCCCUACUACCCCGUCCCCUACUACCCCGUCCCCUACUACCCCUUCCCCUACUACCCCGUUCCCUACUACCCCGUCCCCUACUACCCCUUCCCCUACUACCCCUUCCCCUACUACCCCGUCCCCUACUACCCCUUCCCCUACUACCCGUCCCCUACUACCCCAUUCCCUACUACCCCGUCCCCUACGACCCCAUUCCCUACUACCCCGUCCCCUACUACCCCGUCCCCUACUACCCCGUCCCCUACUACCCCUUCCCCUACUACCCCGUCCCCUACUACCCCUUCCCCUACUACCCCGUCCCCUACUACCCCGUCCCCUACUACCCCGUCCCCUACGACCCCAUUCCCUACUACCCCGUCCCCUACUACCCCGUCCCCUACUACCCCAUUCCCUACUACCCCGUCCCCUACUACCCCGUCCACUACUACCCCGUCCCCCACUACCCCAUUCCCCUACUACCCCUUCCCCUACUACCCCGUUCACUACUACCCCUUCCCCUACUACCCCUUCCCCUACUACCCCGUCCCCUACUACCCCGUCCCCUACUACCCCGUCCCCUACUACCCCGUCCCCUACGACCCCGUUCCCUACUACCCCGUCCCCUACUACCCUGUCCCCUACUACCCCGUCCCCUACUACCCCGUCCCCUACUACCCCUUCCCCUACUACCCCGUCCCCUACUACCCCUUCCCCUACUACCCCGUCCCCUACUACCCCGUCCCCUACUACCCCGUCCCCUACGACCCCAUUCCCUACUACCCCGUCCCCUACUACCCCGUCCCCUACUACCCCGUCCACUACUACCCCGUCCACUACUACCCCUUCCCCUACUACCCCGUCCCCUACUACCCCGUCCCCUACUACCCCGUCCCCUACGACCCCAUUCCCUACUACCCCGUCCCCUACUACCCCGUCCCCUACUACCCCGUCCACUACUACCCCGUCCCCCACUACCCCAUUCCCCUACUACCACGUCCCUUACUACCCCGAGUCCCCAUUCCCCACUACCCCGUCCCCUACUACCCCGUCCCCUACUACCCCAUCCACUACUACCCCGUCCCCUACUACCCCGUCCACUACUACCCCGUCCCCUACUACCCCGUCCACUACUACCCCGUCCCCUACUACCCCGUCCCCUACUACCCCGUCCACUACUACCCCAUUCCCCACUACCCCAUUCCCUACUACCCCCAGGUGUCUCACCCACUCUGUGGCCUCUCAGCAGCUGCACACCGCUCACCUUCCUCGUCUCCGCGCCAACGGAGCCUGUGGUCGCGGCCUCGCCGGCGCAGGCCUGACAGUCGUCCCCUGUCCUCUCCAAGUGUCUCCGUCCCUGGUCUCCUCAGACCUGACAGUCGUCUCCUGUCCUCUCCAAGUGUCUCCGUCCCUGGUCUCCUCAGGCCUGACAGUCGUUCCCUGUCCUCUCCAAGUGUCUCCGUCCCUGGUCUCAUCAGGCCUGACAGUCGUCCCCUGUCCUCUCUAAGUGUCUCCGUCCCUGGUCUCAUCGGGCCUGACAGUCGUCCCCUGUCCUCUCUCAGUGUCUCCAUCCCUGGUCUCAUCAGGCCUGACAGUCACCCCCUGUCCUCUCUAAGUGUCACCAUCCCUGGUCUCCUCAGGCCUGACAGUCGUCCACUGUCUUCUCUAAGUGUCUCCGUCCCUGGUCUCAUCAGGUCUGACAGUCGUCCCCUGUCCUCUUUCAGUGUCUCCGUCCCUGGUCCUCUCAGGCCUGACAGUCGUCCCCUGUCCUCUCUAAGUGUCUCUGACCCUGGUCUCAUCAGGCCUGACAGUCGUCCCCUAUCCUCGUUAAGUGUCUCAGUCCCUGGUCCCAUCAGACCUAUAGAACCAGACUAG